AUGUUAUUACCAAAUCAACCUGCUCCUAAUUUUGAAGGCACUGCUGUUGUUGGCACGGAAUUGCGUCCAAUUAGUUUGAGUCAAUUUCAAGGAAAAUAUGUGUUACUGGUAUUUUAUCCACUUGACUUCACUUUUGUUUGUCCAACGGAAUUAAUUGCAUUUAGUGAAAGAGCUGCUGAGUUCCAAUCUAGAGAAUGUCAAGUAAUCGCAUGCUCAACUGACUCAGUCUAUGCUCAUUUGGCAUGGACGAAAUUGGAUCGUAAAGCUGGUGGUUUGGGGCAAAUGAAUAUACCUUUGCUGUCUGAUAAAAACCUAAGGAUAUCACGAGCGUACGAGGUUCUUGACGAACAGGAAGGUCAUGCAUUCAGAGGUAUGUUCCUCAUUGACCGCAACGGGAUUUUACGUCAAAUUACUGUUAACGAUCGCCCUGUAGGGAGAUCAGUUGAUGAGGCGAUACGUCUUUUGGAUGCUUUUAUUUUCUUUGAGAAACAUGGCGAAGUUUGUCCAGCGAACUGGAAACCAAAUUCAGCAACAAUAGUACCCGAUCCCGUUGCUUCUCUCUCCUACUUCUCGUCUGUGCACUGAGGUUUUUGUAUUGAUAUCAUAUUUUAGUAAACAUUAAUAAACAGUCUUUGUCAUCUGUUUCUAUGGGUUUUGUGUGGGAUGCAUUUUAUGCGUAGAAUGUUGCACUAUCUGCUAGGUAUAACAGGGAAGCUCUCGUCGGAUUCCUGUUGGACUCGGUAUUUGUUCUAUUACAUGCUAGCUUGUUUGCUACGAUGUAGUAAUGAUGAUGGCGUGUGUAGUGAGUCGGCACCAUUUGUCUGCGAAUGGGAACUGGGCAUAUAGGCCUUUAACGGGCUUCAUUUUGUGUCUCACCUCUUUUCACUCGACCUAGCUUGCGGCCUCAAGGUGUGGUGACUAAGUAUGUGACGUCAGUGUGUCUGGUCGGUUCGCGAUAUGAUUUCACAAAAGCCGUGAAACGUCAAAGGUAUCUGGUGACUUACCUCAACCGGUUAUGAUAUUUAGUUCAGGUUGCUACUAUGUCGGUUCAACUCGUUAUAAGCUUCCAGAACUCACGUUUGUGCCAUGAUUAGUAUGGGUAAGCUCUAAUUGUUCAUGGCGAAACUCCACAACUGUCCUCUGUGCAGAUCUACAUUGUAUUUGCCACACUCCUAACCAUUUCAUCUUUUGUAAGGUUUGUUUUGAAGUAAGUACCUCACGUUUAAAACCUAAGAGACUCAUUUGCAUUAUCCUUGAAUGUGCUUGGGAAAAAGUAGUGGGUGAGUAACAUCAAGCCCUGGGUUUUUACUAUCCUCUAA